AUGCCUCCCAGGUUACCUGGCCCUCAAGGGCUUCGCAGCCUCACACUAUGUCUCCGCCCCGCCGCCGCCGCGUCUGCCUCUCCGGCGCAGGCCCUGCAACCUCUCAUCCAAACCGCCAACAUCUCUCAGAAAGAAAAGAAGCGUAAAAUGAAGCAGGACCCUUACGGCUGGGCCCAGGCGCAACAGCGCAAGGCCGUCAACGUCAAGCGCCAGGCCGAGCUCAAGGCCGAACGCGACGCCGCAUGGGGCGACCCGGUCAAGGGCAUCACCACCCCCUUCGUCGAGUCCUUCGACAGCGCCGGCCAGGCCCCCGUCUCGGCCCCCAAGGUCGGCCCCGACGGCCAGGUCGUUGAGGAACCCAAGCCGCUGCCGACCUCGCCGCACCUACGGAACUUUCUGCUCAACAAGGACGAGUUCGACAGCGCCAUCCAGUACGCUGAACACAUCUUGAAGCCCAUUAAGGCCGAGGACCGGUCGACGGCCGACCCGGAUAAGGAGGACGAGGAGGCGCGCGAGCACGCCGCCAGACACGCCAAGGCCGUCGCCGCCCUCGAGCGUAUCGCGAAGCUGGAGCAUGGUGGUGCCAAGGAUCGCAAACACGCCAACAUCCGCCGCUGCAUCGAGACUUUCGGUCGCCACAGCACAGAUCACAUCCUUGAGAGGCCGACGCCGCCGUUGGCCGCCGGAGUGGAGUCCAAGCCUAAGCCGGUGCGGGCAGGUCCGGACACGGGCAGCAGUGAGGUGCAGAUCGCCAUCCUGACGUCCAAGAUCAGGGCGCUCACCAAGGCGCUCGAAGGCUGGGGCGGCAACAGAGAUAAGAACAACAAGCGCAGUUUGCGUAAGCUGUGCCACAAGCGCCAGAGGCUGCUGAGGUACAUGGAGCGCAAGGAGAGAGGCAGUGGAAGGUGGCAUCACAUGCUCGAGACUCUGGGUCUGACGCCCGCCACCUGGAAGGGUCAGAUCACCCUCUAA